AUGGGCGAGCGAGACAGGGUCGCCACGGCGACGGAGGGCGGCGUCAUGGCGGAGCGGCGGCCAUCCGAGGGGAGCGGGGCCGGGCCGGGCCGCGCCGUCGCCUCCCCGCGUCCCUCCGCCCGGCCUCGCCCGGUGGAGAACCAGCCAUACGACGAGAGCCUGGAGCUGCCGGAGACCGAGGAGGCGGUGGGGAGCGCGAACCGCCCGCGAGGCUCCCGCCGGCCGGAGCCGCCCUGGUCGGGAGGCGGCGGCCUGGGAGCGCGGCCCGGCGGCGCGGGAGAGCGGAGCGACGGCGUGGAGGGCGGCGGUAACGGGGAAACGGCGGCCCGGCCGGGACCCUCCGCCGCCAGCGAGGACGACGAUGACGAUGACGAUGAUGAUGAUGAUGACGAUUCCUCCGAGAGCGACUCAGAGGACGAUUCGGAGGAUCGCGGGGCUCCGCUGGAGGGUGACUACAACCUAGCAGAUUAUGACUACCUGCCAGUAUCUGCUGAAAUUAAAGAACUCUUUGAAUACAUAAGGAGGUACACUCCAAAAACAAUAGAGAUUGAGCACAAACUGCAGCCUUUUAUUCCAGACUUCAUUCCUGCUGUUGGAGACAUUGAUGCCUUCCUAAAGGUCCCACGCCCAGAUGGCAAGCCUGAUAACCUCGGUCUGCUGGUCUUAGAUGAGCCAUCAACGAAGCAGUCAGAUCCCACAGUGCUCUCUCUCUGGCUAACGGAGAAUUCCAAACAGCACAACGUUACACAGAUAAAAGUGAAAAGUGUGGAGAAUGCAGAGAAGAACCCCAAAGCCAUUGACAACUGGAUUGAAAGUAUCAGUGAACUACACCGCUGCAAACCUCCUGCCACUGUCCACUACAGCCGGCCCAUGCCUGACAUAGAAACCCUCAUGCAGGAGUGGUUACCGGAAUUUGAGGAGCUCUUGGGAAAGGUGGGCCUCCCAACUGCAGUAAUGAAUUGUGACCUGGCUGAAUACGUUGACAUGAUAUGUGCCAUUGUGGACAUCCCUGUGUACAAGAGUUGGAUCCAGCCUCUGCACGUCCUUUUCUCACUGUACUCAGAAUUCAAGAACUCCCAGCAUUUCAAGCCUCUGGAUGAAGGGAAGAAGGCCAGGAGCCCUGCAUCCAACACACUUCCACAUUCAGCAGAAGCAGAAGUAUUAAGCUUUACUUGAAGCUUCACUUUAAAACCUCAUCUCUCAGAUCAGUGCCUGCUGCUGGACGUAGAUAUUUGACCAAAGCAACCUGUGAAGCAACACACAGCAUUUCAAAGGCCUCCCUUGGAUAGAUACUGAUGAGUUAUUCUCCAUUUGUAAGCAGAGUUGUACUCUUCACAUUUAUAGCAGACGCUGCCUAAUAGCUCCGUUUUGACUCAUCCCCUGGGAAUAAAGCAUUAAACUCCCUUUUCCAAAUGACAGACUCCAUGUGGCACUGAUGCUGCAGAGCAGAAGCUCACAGAGUGUAUGCUGCAGAUGUAGGAAUAAAUUCCAUGCUCUGACACGAAAUUCUCAUCUGCCCAGCGUGUUGCAAGGUCUGAUAUCCUCUGGGGGUUUUAGGUCUCCUCUGCCCUUUGUUAUACAGCCCCUUUUUCUAUUCUUUACACCCUUUGCUGCUGCAAACAGCAUCAUUGCUUUCCAUCCUUUGUACAGAAAGAGUUGGUGAAAGCCGGUUAGAGUGCUCAUCUGUGCUUAGGGAAAACAUAGAGGAGACCACAAUAAACAGCAUCUCUAAAGGAAAGAUGGAAAGCAUUCAGAAUUCACAAUAUAUAUGAAAAUGAAAUUGCCUAUUUCUUAUGUUCCAUUUCUGCCACCUAAAGGCAGAAAAGAGCAUGAAUGGUUACCAAAAAAAUAGUCACUGCUAAGUGAAAACACACCCAUCUUUCAUCUAAGGAUUUCAGAGCCUCACAAGAGCAGGACAUCAGUUACUAGAGCAAGGAUUUCAGGGCGAUCCGAAUGACUCUGCUAUUGCAAAGACAAAUUCAUUCUGUUUGCAACACAGCUCUGUCCUGCAGCAAGAGGUGAGGUGAGUUCAUGCUUCGUCGUCAUCCCUGUGACUAAUUGCUGUUGGGGUUCACCUGCACGGCACCGACCUCUUUCAUUAUAAGUGUGUUUCCUUCUGAAGCAUCGUAUGCCAGCCGUCGUCAGCAGAGACCCGAGAUGCAAUUACCCAGUGGCUUGUCUCAGCAUAGCAAAUUAGCUAUUCCUGUUUACUCAGAAAAUGUGAGACGGACUGGACAGCAGCAUCAUAAAGGCAUCAUAAAGCCACGCGCCUGCGUGGAUGCAAGCUUUGACAAGAAUGCACAUCUAAAGUGCAGCAUGACUUCAAUUUUUCACUAAGCGCCUCUGCCCCAGAGCACCAGUUGCCAUGAGAUAAACAGAAGAAAUCCUGCACACACUAGUUGUGAAUAUGAGUACUUUUUAAAUCACUGGGCAUUCGUUGAGCUCAAGGCCUACCUACAAAAUAAACUGGUCGCUUUUAAAGAGAGUCACAUACAAAGGCUGUGUUUUAUUUACAUUCUGAUCAAGCACGUGAAAGCAGGGAAAAGAGCCAUGCUCGCUGUCUACAGCAGUGCAGAUUUAUCCCACCAUCUCCUGAUUCCUACAUAUUCAAAAUAGUAUUAAUAGAGGAAAUCUUUGCAACAAAGGAUUUCUCAGGCAAGCUAACAGUUGGCAAAACAGCAACAUCGAAAGGGAAAGACAGACAAAAACCUAACCCAGCAAAUGCUGUUAAAGUGGGUGUGUGCACUAAGGAGACAUGUAGCAACAAGGGAUGAAGGAAGCUACAGAGCAUUCAUCCUGCAUCCAAAAGUAUAAAAGGAGCUGCACCCACUGGCAGCAUAACCUGAAAGUUUACAUGGAGAGCGGCUGGCAGAGCUGCCCAUCGUAAAUCAAUCAGAAAGGAACUGCUCUAAGUACAGUUAUUCACUUGGAACUUCCCAAUGGUGAAGGCCAUUUAUCUAAGAACAUGACAUAUGUACACUUAGAAAGGAAAAAAAUCCCCAUGGCAAAGAUCCAGCAUGCUAUUUUUCUUAAUGAGGAGGGGAAGCAAGACAAGAAGUGCAAACCAGUCCUUCCUAAAGAGCAAGGCUGCUCUAAGUAUGGCCGACCAAAGCUGUGUUUUGACCUCAUCUCCUUCCCCACGUGGCCACUGAAGACUUUCCCAAAUGCUUACACUUACGUCCCCCUCCUCAUUCCAUACUUCCUCACUGCUAGACAUUUCCCCCUUUCUUAACUAAAUGGUACAGAAUGGGUUACAUCACUCCAACUAUGGAAGAUGAUGAAAACCAAAUAUGCCCCAGCUAGAAACUAUUUUUUCCAACCCAGGUUUUACUGAGCUGUAAGCUGAACAGUUCUGCCCGCAGCUGUGAGACUCAAGAGGCACCAUCUGAAGAAGUACUUACAGAUCCUAGAAAGCCUUAUUUACAAUUUCUCUGCUUGCUGUGCAUGCUGAAACUUGCCUUGCCAUGGUGUUUGCAGGAGAACAUGACCAGUGGCAUUCCUAGUCAGUCCAAGCACAGCAAGACAGCAGUGCAGCUGUGAGUGGACAGCUGGUCUCCAAUUUGGGCUGAUUUUAGUAAUGUUUGUAGAAUAAGACUCAUAAGAGGUACAUGAAUUUGCAAUGCUGAAGUGUUUGCAUAAAAUAUCAGGUACCUGUUGAAUUUGGAAGCAAAAGAACCACAAGAUUCCCAGUUAAAUUCAAAGCCUUGGAGACAGUUUCUUGCAGGGGCCACAUUCCAAGGUUUCUGUUGCUGGUUAUGCAAAACUGCUUCUCUUCUCCUGGCUACAGGAAUAUGUUUUGGUCCUCUCUGUGUCAUAAAGCCAGGCUAAUUCCUGUCUUCACUGUGGAUGCAGUAGCAUGUUAUAAAUAAGCAUGAAAACUGUUCAAUAUAUGGAUCGGAGUAUGGAAGAGAAUAGGAAGAUGAGAAAUCUCCAGUCUGAUUUACAACCCAAUAAAUGCAGUGAUUCAUUGCAGCAAUUUCCUGUUUGCAGUCAGCCAAACUUUCCCACCUAUACAAGCGUUGAUCAGUUCUCCAGUGAUGCUUCAUCCCUCAGAUGAGAACACUGAUGUUCAUAGAAGAACAAACUGCUUCUUGUCAGGAAGGAAGG